UCUCAUAAAAACAACACUUUGAAAUUUCAAGAAAAAUUAAUCAUAAUGAAGAGAAGUUUGGUCUAUGCUAUUGCAUUUUUCCUUCUUUUACUUUAUAUUCCAAUCACCACCUCUUCAAGGCACAUUAGUCACUCAAAUUCACGACAUGGACAUUCCAAACAUGAAGUGGCAAAUAUGCGGCGGCCGAUGCAAGUAGCCGGAUCACGGUUACCGGAUUGUUCGCAUGCAUGCGGGUCGUGUUCGCCAUGCAAAUUGGUGAUGGUGAGCUUGGUAUGUGCAUCACUUGCAGAGGCUGAAUCAUGUCCAAUGGCUUACAAAUGCAUGUGCCAUAACAAGUCCUAUCCUGUUCCAUAGAAUGAGUUAUUAGGAAAUUUUCAAGUUUCAACUUCCAAUACGUUGUAAUAUAUAUAGUGCUCAUUUUCCUUGUUUCUUUUUUAGUUACUUUUUUUUCUCUUUGGUUUAUCUUUGUUGUCAAAC